GUUCGCGACAAAAAGGGUUGGCCUGCCAGAGAAAAGGCUGCCGGAUUCUGCUCGACAAGGCUGCACGCGCCAAAUUGGUUCUCCAGGACUCGAGAAUUGCAGGGCUCGAACAUUGAAGAUCACAUGGUGCCUGUCUGGAACCGUCGUCUAUGCAGACAGCUUCCGUCCCUGUCAAGACUCAGCACGAGAUUCGCAAAUAUUAGCUCCAUUGUCCAACCCCAUUCCUGUCCUACCUCGCCCCGUGCUCCCUCCCUCGGCCGGCCGUGCAUCCGCAGCCUCUUCUCUUCCCGCCUUCCCGUCGUCGCGCUAGCCCUGCGCAGCAGAAACUGCCCGGUGCGCUUCACGUCUGGCGCAGCCGCGACCGCAUCGUCCCGCCACUCCGAAUCCUUGUCCAGCUCGCUCACCAUGAACGGCACCGCCCUCUCGCAGCGCACCAAGAGGAAACCGAGCGGCGCCAUCGACGACAGGCCCCCGAAGCACCAGCGCUCCGUCAACGGCAAGCAGUCGGCCGGCGACAACACGCCCGAGGAGGACGACUUCGAGGACGGCGCCGACGAUGACCUGCCGCUGUCCCUCCUGCCCGCCGUCGGGCCCGACACGGCCGAGUGGCAGGAGACGAUCCAGACGGUCGUCCGCAACGUCGUCUCGAUCCGCUUCUGCAUGACGUGCUCCUUUGACACAGACGCCGCCCUGACGAGCGAGGCCACAGGCUUUGUAGUCGACGCCGAGAGGGGCUACAUCCUGACCAACCGCCACGUCGUCGGCUCCGGCCCCUUCUGGGGCUACGUCAUCUUUGACAACCACGAGGAGGUCGACGCAUAUCCCGUAUACCGCGACCCGGUGCACGACUUCGGAAUUCUAAAGUUCGACCCCAAAGCCAUCAAGUACAUGCCCGUGGCGGCGCUGCCGCUACGUCCAGACCUGGCCAAAGUGGGUAUCGAGAUCCGUGUUGUCGGCAACGACGCGGGAGAGAAGCUCAGCAUCCUGUCGGGCGUCAUCAGCCGUCUGGACCGCAACGCACCCGAGUACGGCGAAGGCUAUAGCGACUUCAACACGUGCUACUACCAGGCCAGCGCCGCGGCUAGCGGUGGCAGCUCGGGUAGUCCUGUGGUCAACAUCGACGGCUACGCUGUGGCGCUGCAGGCCGGAGGCAGGGCCGACGGUGCCUCAACCGACUACUUCCUGCCCCUGGACCGGCCGCUGCGGGCGCUCAAGUGCCUGCAGGAGGGCAACCCGAUAACACGCGGCGACAUUCAGUGCCAGUUCCUGCUCAAGCCGUUCGACGAGUGCCGCAGGCUAGGCCUGGCGCCCGAGUGGGAGGCGAAGAUGCGCGAGGCGUUUCCCAAGGAGACCAAUAUGCUCGUCGCCGAGAUCGUGCUGCCCGAAGGGCCGUCGCACAAGAAUGUCGAGGAGGGCGACGUGUUGAUCAAGGUAAACGGCGAGCUCAUCACUCAGUUUAUCCGUCUGGACGAUAUCCUUGACUCGAGCGUGGGCCAGCCAGUGCGGCUGCUGUUGCAGCGCGGCGGCGAGGAUGUCGAGGUGGAGAUCUCGGUGGGCGACCUGCACAAGAUCACGCCUGACCGGUUCGUGUCGGUGGCGGGCGGCAGCUUCCAUAGCCUGUCGUACCAGCAGGCACGACUGUACGGAGUGGCGUGCAAGGGCGUGUACGUGUGCGAGGCCACGGGCUCGUUCCGGUUCGACAGUAGCGACAACGGCUGGAUCGUGCAGACGGUGGACCAGAAGAAGGUGCCGGACCUUGAGACCUUCAUCCAAGUCGUCAAAGCAAUCCCAGACAAGGCGCGAAUCGUGGUGACGUACAAGCACCUGCGUGAUCUACACACGCUCAACACGUCCAUCAUCUACGUCGACCGCCACUGGUCGUCCAAGAUGAAGCUGGCGGUGCGCAACGACACCACGGGCCUGUGGGACUUUUCCGACAUCGCCGACCCUCUGCCCGCGGUGCCGCCGGUGCCGCGCAAGGCCAGCUUCAUCCAACUCGAGCACACGUCGCACCCGGCCGUGGCCGAGCUGGUGCGCAGUUUUGUGCACGUCACCUGCACCAUGCCCAUGAAGCUUGACGGCUUCCCCAAGAACCGCAAGUGGGGCAUGGGGCUCGUAGUCGACGCCGCCAAGGGCCUGGUGGUCAUCUCGCGCGCCAUCGUGCCCUACGACCUGUGCGACAUCUCCAUCACCAUCGGCGAGUCCAUCGUGGUUGAGGGCAAGGUCGUCUUCCUGCACCCGCUGCAGAACUACGCCGUCAUCCAGUAUGACCCGGCCCUGGUUGAUGCCCCCGUUCAGAGCGCCCGCUUGAGCGCCGAGGAGAUCACGCAGGGCGCGUCGACCUACUUCAUCGGAUAUAACCGCAUCGGCCGCGUCGUGCACGCCGCGACCACCGUGACCGAGAUCUUUGCCGUCGCCAUCCCUGCUAACUCGGGCGCGCCGCGCUACAGGGCCGUGAACGUCGACGCUAUCACAGUCGACACCAACCUCAGCGGUCAGUGCGGCAGCGGCGUGCUGGUUGCGCCCGAUGGUACGGUGCAGGCGCUGUGGCUGACGUAUCUCGGCGAGAGAUCGCCGUCGACGCACCGUGACGAGGAGUACCACCUCGGCCUGGCCACGCCGACGCUGCUCCCCGUGGUCAAGCAGAUCCAGGCCGGCGUCGUGCCCAAGCUGCGCAUGCUCUCUGUCGAGUUCCGGUCCAUCCAAAUGUCCCAGGCGCGCAUCAUGGGCGUCUCCGAGGACUGGAUCCAGAAGGUCUCGGUCGCCAACACGGCGCACCACCAACUGUUCAUGGUCACCAAGCGCACCUUUGAGCGCGACCAGGAUCCCUCGGAUGGAGCCACGUCGCUGCUCGAGGGCGACAUUCUGCUGACGCUCAACACGAAGCUCAUCACGCGCAUCUCGGAGCUCGACAUCAUGUACUCUAACGACUUCCUCGACGCCGUCAUCGUGCGCGAGUGCCGCGAGGUGCAGCUGCGCGUUCCCACCGUCGCCGCCGACGACGUCGAGACGGACCACGCCGUGUCCUUCUGUGGUGCCAUCUUCCACCGCCCCCACCACGCCGUCAGGCAGCAGAUCAGCAAGCUCUUCAGCGAAGUCUACGUUUCGGCCAGGACCCGGGGCUCGCCCUCGUACCAGUACGGCCUGGCCCCCACAAACUUCAUCACACACGUCAACGGACAGUCGACCCCCGACCUCAAGAGCUUCCUUGCUGCCGUGACGGCCAUCCCCGACAACACAUACUUCCGCCUCAAGGCCGUCACUUUUGACAGCGUCCCGUGGGUGGUGACCAUGAAGAAGAACGAGCACUACUUCCCUACGGUCGAGUGGAUCAAGGACAGCUCCGAGGAGUGCGGGUGGCGGCGGAUGACGUACGAGGGCGGCAAGCCUGUCGAGGGCGAACCGUUGGACGGCGUCGUGGCCGUGGAAGAAGAAGGCGGCGCAGGUGCUGCCGAUGAGGACGUCCCGAUGACGGCCCCCGCAGAGAAGAAUUAGGCUACGGCACUCAUAUCCGCCGUGAUGGGUGGAAAGCAGGAUAGAAGAAUGGAGAGGCGCGACUGACGGUAUAUGCUCGUUGACAUGCCGUUGUCUUCUCCCGCGAUGCCACCGCUUGCAGCCAAGACGGACGAGCAGCAGCCAUGCCUCACUAUUUAUUCGCUUCUCACUUUGCCUUAUACUGGGCUCCUAUCUCCGGCGGGCAGACACCACUCGACACGGUUGUCUCUCGUUCAUGUACGUUUUUGCAACUUUGUUAUAAUCUACCAGGCUGCCUAGGCGUCUAUAUGGAACCAGGUAAAAAGCCGAUCUGAAAAAAAAAAGCGAUAGAGUCAUGUAAUAUCUACGAUCACCAGGGCAUUCGUUCUCUACAUUCUUGACCUUACCUCGCCCUGCUUUGUAUGGC